AUGAAUUUCUAUCUAUGCCUUAUUAAUUCAGGCAUAAUUUUAUUGUCGUUUAUUUUUGUAUCAGGUAUUAAAAAUAAAACGGGAUUUUGUAAUUAUUCUAGUAAAGCUAUGCAGCAGAGGCUAAGGCGAAGCCUCAGCCUCAGCCUCAGCCUAACACAAGAUGAAAAUCUUAAUAAAGUAAAUAUAAAUGAUGAAUUUUUACACUGAUUUAGUGGAUUUACUGAUGCUGAAGGUAGUUUUCUAAUUACUAUAGAUCGUAAUUAUGUUAAAUUAAGAUUUAAAAUUAGUUUACAUAUUGAUGAUUUAAAAGUUCUUCAAAUUAUUCAAUCAAAUCUAAAUAUAGGUAGAAUAACAGAAGAAAAAAAUAGAAACCGUUGUUCUUUUAUUGUAGAAGAUGUUUCAGGUAUAAAUACAAUAUGUUCUAUUUUUAAUGAUUAUCCUUUACACACUAGUAAAAAACUAGAUUUUAAAGAUUUUUAUGAAGCUUUGCUUAUUAGAAAUAAAAAUAAAAAUUUAUCCGACACUCAUAUAGAAAGAAUAUUAUCUUUAAAAAAUAAUAUGAAUUCUAAAAGAGAAAUAUUUACAUAUGAAACAACAAAAUCUCAAAUUAUAAUAAACCCUAAUUGAUUUAUAGGUUUUAUUGAAGGUGAAGGUACUUUUGGUAUUAAGACUGGGUCUUCAUUGUAUUUACAAGUGGCUCAAAAAAAUACGAGUCAGGAAUGUUUAAAUGCAAUAACUAAUUAUUUAAUUAGUUUAUCCAAUAAGAGCCGCCAGGCGUCUUUUCACACUCAAAAUAAUAAAAUAUUACCUGUAAAUGUUACAAGUAUAACUAACGCUAGAACCAAUGUUGUAUCAUUGGUUGUAGCUAAUGCAGAUGCUUUAUAUUAUUACAUUUUACCUUUAUUGGAUGAAUCUAAAUUUUAUAGCCGUAAAGUCAUAGAUUUUAAAUUAUGAAGAAUGGCUUUAAUCUUAAAAAUUAAUGGAUAUUAUUAUACACUUGAAGGUAAAAAUUUAUUUUUAGAUAUUUCAGAAAUUCUUAAUAAAAGAUAUAGUACAACUAUAUCAAUUGAGAAUGUUGAUGAAAUAAUUAAGGAUAUUAGUAAAAAAUUUGAGGAUAUUAUAAAAAAAGAUCCUCCUUUUGAUAUAAAGUUAGAUUUGCCGCACACUGAAAAUGUACGUAAGUUUAGUAUAGCUAAUAGAUCUGAAAACCCUAAAAUUGUUUAUAUUUAUACAAAUGAGGGUAUGAUCGAAGGAUCUCCUUUUAUUUCAUUUAGUGCGGCUCAUAAGGCAUUAGGCUUAAACCCUAGUAGUAAUACAUGUAAUCGUUAUAUUGAUACAAAUAGAUUAUAUAAAAAUAAAUAUAUUUUCACAUCUAAACCUAUAGAUAGAGCGUCUAAGGGUUAG